AUGAAGUUUACGACCUUGUUCUCUCUCUUUCUACUUUGUGGCUUCACCUCAUACCUUCCUUCAGCCACUGCUAUUGUGGUGGACACUGAUGGUAAUCCUCUUCGAAAUGGUGGCACAUACUUUAUAAGGCCAGUUGUAAUAACUGGAAACGGUGGCGGAGUAGCAUUUGCUGCAACCGGAAACGAAACUUGUCCUUUAACUGUUAUCCAAGUUCCGAAGGGUGUGGAAGAAACGCUCUCUAUCAAACUUGCUGGGUACGACAACCCAGUACGCGGAAGGUUUAAAAUUAAGAGUGUUACGGUUGAGAUUGGGGGCUACAACCUCUUGUUCUGUCCUGAGAAUGGUUCUUCUUGUGGCUUUGUUGCAAUUCAGGUUGAUGCUACAGGAACCAGGCGUUUGGUGGUGACUCAGAGUCUGAAGGGUGCCUUCUGGAUUCGGUUUGAGAGAGCUAUAAACGCUUUACCUGCAACUGCAUCUGAGUGA